CCUAGAAAAUGCUUGUUUCUCUGCUCGUGAAUACAAAUCUUGCUCGCUUGAGAAACAAGAUGACGUCCAUGCUCAACAAAAUUGUGAGAUUCGUGAUGCAGCCGAAGAUAUGCAGAUUUGUGUGUUUUGUUUCAUCCAUUGUGGGACUGCUAUGUUACGCUCUAAGCUCUUCCUUCAAGUAUUUGGGAACUGGAACAUAGCAGUCCCACAAUGGAUGAAGGUAUUUCUUUACUGUAUUUUCAGUUUGCUUAUCUGCCUUGCCAUCUUGUUUGCAAACACAUGGCAGCACUCGCCAAGUAUGCGGCUCAGAGCUCAUUUGGUAUUUUUGGUUUUCGCAAUCACCACUGUUUACUCAUUUUUAUUUGAUAAAGCUAACGGAAAACCAGAUUUAUACAGUCUGAUAUCGAGCGCUGCUUUUUCUAUCAUGUCGCUUUGUCUUUCAAAACAAGUUCACUUGGGAUUCGAGGUUGAUCUCCUAUAUUUUUUUUGCGGAUAUUUAACUUUACAACUCAUGAAGAUUAAAUUGUUUUUAGUCAGUGUUGGAAUAAUUUUCAGUUAUUUCCUCAUCAUCCUUCGUUUUAAUUUGGGUAAUCCAACAGAGGGUGGCCAUCUUGGACUCCAAAUCCAAGACCAACCUUCUGUAGUCAUUCAAGUCGAUGCAGAUUCUGAACAAACUAGUACUGCCACAGAAACUGCUGAGAGUGCUACAAAUAUGAAUUCCGAAGACAUGCAUCUGUACCAGUCAGGUCACUCAUGUCAAUUUGUCGUCACAAAAAAGAAAAAGUGAUAGUGAAUAUAUAAAGCCUUGCAAUUCUAAAAAAGAGCUAGUUGAUGAGUCAUAAGCUUAAUGGGGUAAUUUGGUAGCAGCUUGGAAGGAUAGGGCCAAAAGUCUUUCCUGACUCCGGUAUUUGGGAAAAUUUUGACAGGAACACGGAGAUGAGUGACAUUAAGAACGACCUACACAAAACAGUGAAAAAAAUGGUGGAAGCCAUGGAAGUGAGUGGAUUGAGGAAGCGAGCCUUGGAACCAAGUCGUCGUCCAUAGCCAGCCAUCAAAGCCAUCAACUUAAUAUCCUGUUUCCAUAUGACUUGAUAUAUCACACAAGGUUCCACACCAACGCAGUAAGAGUGUGACUUUGAGCUUCACUGUCAGUCACUAUCAAUUCUAGCUCACAUCUUGUACUCACUUCCACACCUCGAUUGAUUCUAGCCAGUAGCCACCUUCUGCUAAUUUUGCGACAUCUUUGGAUCAUGUUUUCUGGUUUUGGAUGCUCUGUUCUAGUGUUUAGUAUAGUUUAUACUGAGUCCGAAGGUAUAGCUGAUAUAAAUCUUCUUACUUUUAUGUACUGCCACAAAGACAAGUGAUGUUUAAGUUUUUUAUGUUUGUGAAAAUAUUAUGUACUAGUU